AAUCAUCCAAACCUUUAGUCCAGAUUACAUGUGUUAAAUGAGCAGUCCAAAGUUAAAUAUUUUCACAUCAAUACGUCCGUUAUUUUAAGAUUGGUCAGAAAAUCUUUGGAAACUAAAACUCUUCUCAACGGAGCACCCGUUUAAAGAUAAUUAAGAGCUUAUCAGAUCAGAAGUUAACCGGUGACUAUGGCGUCAAUCUACACCACGUUUGUCAACCAACAACACGCCCUCAUCGUACAUUCCCCUUUUUUGGAAAUAUCGCAAUGCUUAAACCACGUGGAGGAGAUUAUGGUGCGUAACUCUAAGGCGGGUCAGCCCAUUGUCAACGUGUGUUUCAUUGCAAAGGAAGAGCUACAAAUUGAUGAAAAUCUUAGACAAUAUUACUGGCAUGGAAAGAACGUUAUCAUCAUUUCAAAGACAGUCAAGGUGACCAAACCUUGCGAAUGGAACAUGUCAGGCGAUCAUGGAGCCCACGCCUCAAGCCAGCCCGCUGAAGAUGGGAAAGAAUGGGGUGAUCCUGGACAAAACGGGGGAGAUGGUACCGAUGGAGAAAAUGGAGGAAGUGUAUACUUUCUUGUGGAAAACUAUCACAACCUCAAGCAUUUACGGGUCAAGGCAAACGGUGGGAAUGGAGGAAGGGGUCAACCAGGCGGUAAUGGAUGUAAUGGAAAACCAGGCACAGACGGGUUUGAACUGACUUUGAAGGAUUUGAAAGAAAAAUUUCCUUCAGAUAAGGCUCAUACAUUCAGUAAAGUACAAUCGGAAUUGGAAAUUGUUGAAAAGCAGAAAGUUGAAGGUCCUUGGAAAAUUUUUGUAGCCAGGGGUUCAAGAUUUAUUCAAGGAACAACCAAGACCCGCCUUCGUAUGACAUUUGCUGAAUACUACGGCAGAUUUAGAAUGCAUACUUAUUUUUUGGUCAAAGGGAGUCAAGGUACUCUCGGCGGAUGUGGAGGCCUUCCCGGGCGCGGAGGUGUUCCCGGUCGAUGCGGUUUAGCUGGGAAAGUUACCGAAAUCAAAAUCGAUGGCAUCGAAAAACUUAAAGUGCAAGAACUCCAGAGUAUUGUUGAGGCGAAGGAUGGAGUUAAUGGUCUGAGGGGAGACCUUGGCAGUGCGGGGAAAAGAGUUCGAGGAAAAGUUGGGCGGGAUGUGGGAUACGUUGCGAUGGGAUGUACGCAUUAAGAAUUUUAGCAAUUGUGGGUAGGAAAGGCCAUUAUCUACUUGAUGUAAAGACCCACAGCAAUUUUAAACUUUUGGAUCGUAUAGAUGAACUGUUUGCUGUACCAAGAUAUUUAUAAAAGUUUUAGUCUAUUCGGAAAUGAUUUUUUUGGUCGAAAGUUACCCUUUAAAUAGCGUAAGUAAUUGACUUUCAAUUACUAAUAAGUAAUUGGUAAUUGAUAAUUAAGUUCAAUUACUGGACAAAUAAGUAUUUUUAUUUAGUACUUAAUUUCAAUUUUCGCAGUCGGAGUAAUUAAGAAUUAAGAAUUAAUUACUUCCAUUGGUAAUUGAACAGCCCUGCUCCUACAUAUGUUCAAUCAAAUUGCGAAAUUUCACAACAAAUUGAAACACUCAAUUUUUUGACAAAUUUAAUUACAUACGAGGGUUGAACUCCUUGUCAUGAUUUUAGUCAAGAAUUAUGAAAAUCCGUCCAGCACUUCAAAGCUAUGGAGGUUUUAAGAUUAAAAACCAUCAAAUUUGGCUAAUUUAGCGCCAAGGCACGACGCCAAAUAUGAGUUCAACACCGAAAUAUGAACGCAUCCUUCAUCUGGAGUUCUAAAAAUCAUGGGGAGUACCUGGGGACUCAAACGACAGGUCGUGAGGUUCCCUUGUGAGCCGAAAGUACAUAACCAUGGUUACCGCGAAGGCUGAGAAUGCUUUUCUACACCCCCAUUCCGAAAAGUCGCACGAGGAUUCUCCCUUCACGGUCCAUUUUAUUAAAAUGCUGUGAAAGCAAAUGUUGCAUAGCCAGAUGAUGAGAUUGGCCACUUCAACCUCAAUUUUUGAUACCGUUUACUUUACUGUGUUUUAAACGUUUUUUAAACUUUCGAAUCGAUUUUUGACCAACAUUUUCCAGCAUAAUGUAUGUAAUUGAUAACUUUCAAUAUAGGAAAAUCGAUUAUUUAAUCAUUAAAACAAAUCUGGGGUUGAUCGGUUGGGAAAUGACAAAAUUUCAAGGACAAAGUUCAUUUCAAUGACAAAGUUUCAAUGUAGUUGUCAUUGACAACCAAUAUCAUAAAAGGUGCAAUGACAUGGCACAAAAAAACAAUUUCCCAACAAGCAGUCGCCGUUGUAAAAGCUGAGAUCAUUCAAAAACCGAGAAAUCAAAAAAAUCACAAAAAACAUUCUCAAACAAAUAUUGGAAAGAAAUAGUGACAAGUAAUUUUGGACAAACUCCCUCUCUAGAAUUCUAGUUGUUUGCCCACGGUUAUGCGAAAUAAAUUUUAAGGGGAUGAAGAACUUUUGGUUCAAUUUUAUAAGUAUGCAUGAACUUGUCUUUAAUCUCCAAUCGAAGCCUCACCUGAGCAUGUUUUUAAAAUGUGUUUUGAUUAUCAAACAUUAUGUUUGUAACAUUGGGUUUAACUGCAGAUACGCCAAAGCAGCAGCCAAUUGCCUGGAAGUUGGGAAACAGCUUGGAAAAUUGAUUGUUUACAUUCAGGAAGAAUUUUCGAA